GACCCCCAUCCGACAUCUCAUUCCUGAGCCCCAAUUCAAUGACAAUUUACCCGAUCCUGGCAUCUCUCGUUCCCUCUGGGUAUUUGGUCGGCUUGCCCAGAGCGGCCUCGGGCCUCGAGCCCCAGCUGUCACUCACCUCCAGUUUCUGCCCUGGUCAACUUGGCUAUCUCGCGUGGAGACCGGAGAGAUCCGGAAUGGGCGCGGCCUCCACUCGCUCAUCCACUUCCCGCUUCCACGCGGUGCCAAGGUGCGCCGGCCCAAGAAAAUUUGGCCAGGCAGCUGCCCCGGUCCCGGCCCCACAACUCGGAGCCUCGUCCGGAGCUUUCGAGGUUGGGGCAUCCGAGCCCUCCGACUUCGCAGGCAUCGGCGACUGGUCCUUAUCUCGAAGCUCACAGUCCUCGAGAAUGGCACCUAACGUAACCGGAAGCAGAAAAUGGCGAAGUGGAAGAACUCCACUUCUCACUCAGAGCAGCACCAGGACAAACCCCAAUCCAGGUGGCUGACCGACGAGGGUGACAGUGUGCGCCACGACUCACCCCUGCAUUCCCUCGCACGCCGGACCGUCCCGACAGUCUGGUCUGCAUCACACAGGAGGCGCACAUGCUGCAGAUGGCGCGGUCAGCCGUGCCCAUCACGCAAUGUCGGACACCCUGGCCGGCUGAUGAUUGUCCUCCGGCUGUACCGCGAUCGGUCGAAUUGCGGCCGAUUAGAGCGAACGC